AUAUUACUAAUAAUAAAAUAUCAUCCCCUAUUAAGUAAGAAGUUUCCUCAAUCUCACGUAUAUAUAAGGCUUUUAGUCAUCGUUUAAGCUUCAAACUUCCAAAUAAGAAUAGUCCAACAAUAACAAAAAAUCUAUUCAAAUUUUGAACAAAUGGAUUAUUCAUCAUGGGAUAAUCUUCUUUUUCAGUAUAAUUCACUUCCAUUUAACGUUAACGAUACAGAAGACAUGUUCCUUUUUAAUCUUGUUGCUGAAGGAUCAUCGCAAGAAACAGUGAACUCGCCGUCUGGUACUUAUGGAAUAAAGGAAGAGGAAGUGACCUCAUAUGAAGAAGAAACAGAACGUGAAAAGGAAAAGAAUUACAGAGGUGUUAGAAAGAGGCCAUGGGGGAAAUUUGCUGCUGAAAUUCGUGAUUCUACGAGGAAUGGUGUUCGUGUAUGGCUAGGUACAUUUGAUAAUGCUGAAGAAGCUGCGUUAGCGUAUGAUCAAGCUGCAUUUGCUAUGAGAGGUUCGAUGGCUAUACUUAACUUUCCUGUGGAGAUAGUUAAGGAGUCGUUAAGUGAAAUGAAGUGUAGAUUUGAUGAGAAUUGUUCGCCGGUGAUUGAAUUGAAGAAGAGAUAUUCAAUGAGGAGAAAGAGUGUGAGUAGAAGAAACAGAGCAAGAAAAGAUGUUGUCGUUUUUGAAGAUUUGGGUGCUGAGUAUUUAGAGGAAUUGUUGAUUUCUUCAGAAAGUAUCACAAAUUGGAGAAGAAGAAAACUUGCAAAUUAAGUUGCAUUGCAGCCUAUUACCAGACACGAAAAGCACUGAGAUCUGAUGGACUUCUGGCGAAGACCGUACAAAAAGUUGUGUGUCUGCACAAUGUUACAGUCCAUAAAAAAAUUGAGACAUGAUCAGAUCAGCAAAAGAGCUAGGAGUACUAUUUUUCAUCAAAAUGUUUCUUUGGAAAA